CUUCAAAACCUUCAAAGUUUUAAAGAAAAGUGACAAUAAGGAGUUGGGAUUCCCCUUGGCUUCACCCUCUUUCCCAAUCCAAACUCUCGGAGACCAGAGAGUCAAAAAGAAGCCCAGCUGAUCAUCUGGGCCUGCUGUAGAGUAGGUAGGAGGGAGCGUGGCCUUCUCCCUAGGGUAGUUUUGACUAAUCCAAUUCCCUCAUCUCCAAGUGCCAACAAGACAAAUCACUUUCAUCUGUGUCCUACCAACAAUCUUUCUUUUCCUGGAACUGAGGUGAUCUCAUAAAUGAUAACAUAAGCUGAGGCCAAUAGGGUCCUUGAUGUGUGCUGAGCCAUAAACACUAGGUGCUCCACAGAGCCCCUACAGGGUAGAGAAGGGUAGAGAAAACUGACAAAAAGGCACCAGGAUAUUCAGCAAUAUUUUCAAAGCUAUACCCUUAGUUGGAAGUAAAAUUUCUCCCCAGGCUGGCUCUAUAAGUACCCCCUUUAUACCUAUUCGGUAUCCCUUCACCAAGUAGGGACUUAAAAUAUUGACAGGGUUACUUGAAGUCCUAAUCCAUGAUAACGCUUGGAGGGAGAUGAGGAUGUGGAAGACAAGGAAUGUGGAAGUGUCUUCAGGAGCUUUUUGCUGCCCCAUAACUGGCUCCCAUGCCCAAUUCUCAUUCAAAUACAGGUCUUAUAUCAGUAUGAAUUUAUUAUAACAUAUCCCCAUUACCCUGUAGGGACAAGUAAAUGAGAACUGUUCCCAUUUCACAAGGGAGGAAGUAGUGUAAAGACAUUACAUGACAUGCUAGAGUUUAAGAUACUGCCUUGAGCUCUGGUGUUCCUUUCAAGUCUGAGUUACAUACUGCAUACCACACCAAAACCCACUGCAGGGAUAGGGGAAUAGCAGUGGCUGUAUGGGGAGGGAUCCAGUGAGGAAGCACACAACUUAUCACAAAGUUUGUUAGGUAACAGAUUAUUAAAAAUGGACCCCCCAGACAAAGCUGAAAAUAUUGGGAUGCUGCUUUCAUGUAGGACUGACAACUAAUGGUCACAGAAGGGGGAAUCCCAGUUCAAGGGAUGCUGGUGCAAGGGUUCUGAGGGCCUGGUUGACUUCGGCAGAUCCAAGACUGGGUCAGUAGCUGGAUACCAGCUACUUUGGGUGCAGCAAUGACUCUCUUAGGAAAGAGGAAAUAAACACACCUACCUGUCUUUUCAAAGCUGGGGCCCCAAAGAAGGCAGUGAGGGAAAAACUACAAUUCCCAGAAAUCUCUGCUCCCAGUCGACUAGGUGACGGUUGCCAUGGUUUCAGAAAACAAUAUGGCUGCUCCCAGAUGGGAAGUGAGUCUCUGGGUAAGGCACGCAGAGUCAGAACCGAAAGCCCUCUGUGGAGCAGUGGCAAGAGAGGUGUUUGAGGAGUUGUGAGGCUGGGGCUGGACUCUGUCUAGCUGGAACGGAUUGGCCUUGUUGAGGAGACAAAUGGCAAGCAGUGUGGAUGAAGAGGCCCUGCACCAGCUCUACUUGUGGGUAGACAACAUCCCUCUGUCCCGGCCCAAGAGAAACCUCUCCCGGGACUUCAGUGAUGGAGUCCUGGUUGCAGAGGUCAUCAAGUAUUACUUCCCCAAGAUGGUGGAGAUGCACAAUUAUGUCCCUGCCAACUCUUUCCAGCAGAAGCUCAACAACUGGGGUCACCUGAACAGGAAGGUGCUGAACAAGCUGAACUUCUCGGUGCCAGAUGAUGUGAUGCGCAAGAUUGCCCAGUGUGCCCCAGGAGUGGUGGAGCUGGUGUUGAUUCCACUGAGGCAGCGCCUGGAGGAGCGGCACAGGCGCAAGAAGCAGGGCAUGGGCUCCUUACAGGAGCUGGCACCUCAGGAUAGCAGUGGCUAUAUGGAUAUGGGUUUGUCCCAGAAGGCCCGAGGGGAGGGUGCCCCGGAGCCUCAGGGAGGAGGGCAGCUCAGGGGGAGCCGGCCGCCGGCGCCCCGUCCUCCUGGGUAUAGCCAGUCGCUGCAGGGCGACCCAAGCUUCGUCCUCCAGAUCGCUGAAAAGGAACAGGAGUUGUUAGCCUCCCAGGAGACGGUGCAGGUCCUGCAGAUGAAGGUGAGGCGCCUGGAGCACCUGCUGCAGCUCAAGAACGUGCGCAUCGAGGACCUCUCCCGGCGGCUGCAGCAGGCCGAGCGCAAGCAGCGGUGAGCGGCGACGUGGGCCCGGGCAG